AUGUCUGCCGGCUUGUUAAAUAAAUUCGAAAUCUUGAUAUACUUUUCGGUUUAUAUUGUCUAUAUAGUUAUAGGGCUGUAUAAAAUCUAUGCACUACGCGAUCGCAUUGAGAACACAGCGAAUUUCCGGUUCGUCGAAGGCUGGCGCCUGCUCCAAGGCGAUGGCGUUGUGCGUUUGCGCGAUGACAGCAAUGACGAAUUGGAGAAUUUCGCUGAUUUUAUUGCCAAAUUAUGGCCCUAUUACCUGUUGCAUGGCAUUGUGACGUGCGUCUGCAGCUGGAAAUGGACUCAUCUGCGUCGUUAUGGACACAUUGCCAUCUGCGCACUAUCGCUGGGCUUACAUCUGCACUGGACAUCACUGAUCAUGUUCGUCAUGCUGUUGGUGAGUUAUUUUUGGACUGCCAGGAGACGGUCAAAACGUUUGACUUGGCUGCUGACUGGCGUCUGGAUUGUAAUCAUCAAUGUGGCCAAGGAGAGCACGUGGUGGCUGGAUGAAGUUGGUUAUGCGGAGUAUGCAAUGAUGAUAAUCACCGCCUCCUGGAGUUUAUUGCGCGGCUGCAGUUACUCCCUAAGUGGAGGUGGCAACGAGGAUAAUGUGAUUGAUUACCUGGCAUACACCAUGUACUUUCCCUGUCUCACCUACGGACCGCUUAUCAGCUAUGAGCGCUUUAAGCAGCAAGAGAAAUCCACUCGCCCACUACAAUGGCGGAGAUUCGCUGUGGCCCUGCUGCGUGUGGGAUUCUGGUGGCUGAUGAUGAUGUGGUCGCUGCAUUACUUCUUUAUCCAUUACAUGGAGCGCGAUGUGCGCACUGUGGCGAUGAUGGAGUCUGUGUUCUGGCAACAUGCGGCCGGCUACUUUAUGGGUCAAUUCUUUUUCGUCUACUAUGUGGUUACCUAUGGCUUGGGGAUUGCGUUUGCCGAGCACGAUGGGAUUGCGGCACCGAGGAGGCCACGUUGCAUCGGACGCAUUCACUUCUACUCGGAUAUGUGGAAGUACUUUGAUGAGGGUCUGUACGAGUUCCUCUUCCGGCACAUCUACGCGGAAUUGUGCGGCAAGAAAUCCUCUCCAGCUGCCAAGCUCUGCGCGACUGCCUUGACUUUUGUCUUUGUCUUCAUUUGGCAUGGCUGCUACACGUAUGUGCUCAUCUGGAGUGUGCUGAACUUUGUGUGCCUGGCGGCGGAGAAGAUCUUCAAGACCUUGGUCGCGCGACCAGCCUAUCAGAGAUGGUCGCUGAAGAUGUUCGGUGCCGCCGGCGCUCAACGUUUCCAUGCGCUGCUUGCCACACAGCUCUUUAUACCAGCCGCCUUCUCCAACGUCUACUUCAUUGCCGGCCAGGAUAUUGGCAGCUUUCUGAUGCGUGGAGCCUACCUGAGCGGAGUGGGCAACUAUUUGGCGCUAUCCUUUUGCAGCUAUUGUUUCUUUCAAUGCUCCGAGCUGCUGCUAAUCAAGAUCAACAAGAAAAAGACUAAAGCCAACUGAUUAUUAUAAAUAUAAGUAAAUAAUGUAUAUAGAUAGACUGCUUAAACACAUGGCUAGUCUACGGAUGUUGUCAAUGACCUAGUCGAUGACUCCUGUUCGAGAUACAAUAAAAAUACUCAAGACUGCAUA